AGGCAGAUGCCAUGACGGCACUGGACGAGCGCACGGCGACGCUGCACAGCGCUCGCAGACGUCGAGCGAGACACAGUCGGCCGGCCGCCAGUGACGGUGACGUCCCUCGCCACCGCCUGCACAGGCGCACACGGCAGCCUAAUGCGCCCGCCAUGAGCUGCCCUUCGCCUUCUCGUCCGCCUUGCCACCGCUCUCUCGCGCCCCUCGCACUCUCCGCCCACGGCCGCCAUGAUCGACGUGCCGCUGUCCAACAUGCUCGGCCUCUGGCCCUUUGGCGAGCCGUCGCCGCAGAGCGAGCCCGAGCAUCUGCUUGCUGGCCCGAUGCUGCCGCAGCCGGUGCUCGAUGCGCGCUUCCUCGCCACGCUCAUGGGCAGCGAGUCGUCCGCAGACGGUCCCAAGACACCGGACAGCGCAGCACCACCAGCGCUCCCACGCCCGCAGCCGCAGCCGUGGAGUCUGGCAGCGAGUGGCAGCGACGGCGCCGCAAGCAGCGUGUCGCAGGCGCCCAGCACAUGUGUCGGUCAGGCAAGCUCGCCCUUCCGCACGCUCGACGACACGACGGACGCACAGGAUGCGGCAGCUGCCGGCUCGUCGCGUUGCAGCGAGCGGCUGCGGCGCAAGCGUCCCAGCUGGCUCUUGUCGUUCCGCGCCGCCGCCAAUCUGGGCGGACCGUGGGACGAGUGGGAGUUGCCGGCGACACUGACGACGGCGGCGGGCACCAGCAACGCCGUGUCGGCCGCGCGCAUGCUCGACCACCUGCUGGCACGCUUCUACGCGCAGCCGAGCUUCAACAGCCUCGUCGUGGCGCAGCCGGAGCGCCUCAUGGCACGCCUGCGCCGCGACGCGCCCGACCCGGCGCCGGGCUUCCUGCUGCGUACCAUAGCAGCGUGCGCGGCUGGCCUGCCGGAAAGCGAGCCCGAGCUGCGUGCGUGCGCCGCGCGCCUGCUCGACGAGGCACACGAGGACGUCUGGGAUGUGCUGCGCGCCGGCGAGGAGUCGCUCGAGCUCAUCCAGGCGCUGCUGCUGCUCGCCGCCAACUGGCCCGGCGAGCCGGACUGCGAGCCGCGCCGCAAGUGCCUGCACAGCGCGCUCGAGCUUGGCGCCGCGCUGGGCCUCGAGCGCACGUCGCAGCUGUACGAGUCGCCCGGCCCGCCGGUGACGCGCUACGUGCUGCUCUGGUGCCUCUACCUCGCCGACAAGCUCGACUGUGUCGCCGUCGGCGGUGAGCCGGCACGCCUCAAGGCCGCGCGCAUCGACUGGUGCAUGCCCACGCCCGAGCGCGUCGCCGAGGUGCUGGGCAACGAGCCGGGCCCGCACGCACUGCGCCUCGCUCAGCUCGCUGCCGGCGGCCUGGCACUGGCCCGGGUGCUCGAGGACGUGCUCGAGGCGCUCUACGCGCCCAUCACUGCCGUGCCGCCGACGCUCGAGGAGCUCGAGCAGCGCACGCGUGUCAUGGAGCGGCGUCUGGAGCAAGUCUGCUUCUCACAGCGUCACCUGCUCCACGUGCCGCACUGGCCGUGCGCCGUAGAUGUGCUCUGCAUCGACACCAUCUCGCGCCUUGUUCAUCUCAUCCAGCUCAUUCUGUACCGCUCGGUGCUGGUCGCAAGGAUCUGCGCGACUCUGGCCGUAGCGCACGCUCAAGGACGCCAAAUCAGCACGCACAACUUCGUCAACUUCAGCGACGCCACCGAAGAGCGAGCGCUGAGCGCCAGCAUCGAGAGCGCCUGGCACCUGCUGCACCCGCCCGGCUACCGGCUGCAGACGCUGCAAGUCGCCUCGGUCGCAUCCUUCUCGCGCGCCGCCAUCGCGCCCGAUGCACGCCUCGACUGCGCCCGCUUCGGCGCCGUCAUGGGCGCUAGGCUGCUGGCCUUCGUGGCGCGCUACUGGUCCAGCUGGGAAGAAGGACUCGGCGUCGUCUUUGCCGUGCCGCGUCUCGUCUCGUCGCAACAGUCACGCCAGGCGGCUCGCCAGCUGCGUGCCCGCGCACACACCGACCCGGGCGCCGAGCCGCUGCGCUGGCGCACGGCGACGACGCCCGCUCGUCCCGCCGCCGAGCUGGCACUGCAUCCUGCGAUUGAGCAGCGCACGCCCGUGCAGGCCUUCGUCAAUGCCGGCGCCGCGCGCCGCGACGAGUCGCUCUCGCCAGCGUACAGCGUGUUUGGCGUCGACGUGCAGACGUACCUGCACGGCGUGGCGCGCACGCAGCGCCAGCUCUCGCACUCGACACGCCCCGGCCUCGCGCCGCUGCCGCCGCCGUCGUACGAGGCGGCCGUGCAGCAGCAGCAGGCCGACUACCGCCGGCAGGCGUCCGCCUCGCUGCCUCGCACGCGCAACAUCGCGCCCUACCCGCUCGCCCGCCGCGCCGCCUCCUGAUCGCUUCUCGCUUGCCGACCCGAUGCCCUGACCCCGAUGCCCCAUCUCUCUGCCCGAUCUAAGCGCCGCCAAGGACGACGCGCUGCACCAUCUCAAAGACCCGGACCGACACGACACGACCAGCACACCGCACCACACCGCACGCACCGCAGCGUCACAGCUGGAGAGGGCGAGA